GAGCGAGGAUCAAGGUGUUUCCCCUCUUCGGAGCGGGCGAGGAUGUCAGUUCGUGAUCGACGAGCGACGCGUGAGAGUAGUAGCCUGUAACACGUUCGCCAAGGUCUUGGAGCCGCGCGUGCACGUCGCCGAUAUCCGGACACCGGGGAGGACCCAGAGGCUUACGAUCGGAGGGGAAAAAAAAAAAACGAAAGGGGGAGUCCACUCGGGCGCAGGAAGGAUCGGCGAUCGACGCCGCGCUUUCCCGUCGCUCGCCCGGCGAGCACGUGGCUGCGAAACGUACGCGCGGCCGCAGGAGUCGUCGUCGUCGUCGUCGGACAAGCCGUAUCGCGGCGGCGUAAGGUGCAGGAGGUGUCUCCCACGCAGUGCCGAUCGGAGGGAUAAGCGAACGCGCGUUGGAUAGCGCGCGCGCGCGCCCGCCCGACGCGGUCCACAGUCGAGUCGCGUUCACGGGGGAGAGAGACAGAGAGGAGACUACGGUGUUUACGUACUUUGGUCAUUUUUUUCCCCCCCCCGAGAUCGUCGGACCCGCUGCGACGUAACGCGAAGGUGCGCGAAUUCGGUGAGCCGAGCCGUCCGCGAUCCAAGUGACCGAUCGCUGCGGGAGUAGCGAGAGGGGUGAAGCGACGAGAAAAUUAGCAGCCCUCCCUUCCCGCCGCAGCGGAGCAGCGCGGGAUUGUGAUAUGCGAGUCCGCCGACUUGGCGUCGUGGUUCAAUUGAAGUGAAGUGUUGCCCCUCGGAGUGGAACGUGGAGUUGCUUCGGAAGCGGCCCGAAAAUGUUGCCCACGCAGCAGGAGAGCCCCCCGAGCACCUCGGGGGCACCCAUCAGAUUCGGAUCAAUGCUUGUGAAUAAGGAUUCUCCCACGCCGUAUUCGGAUGCCACGCAGACGAAGAAGAACAAUCCUAAUCGCAUCAAGAGACCCAUGAACGCAUUCAUGGUCUGGUCGCAAAUGGAGCGCAAGAAGAUUUGCCAGGUUCAGCCGGAUAUGCAUAAUGCGGAAAUCAGUAAAAAGCUAGGGAAGAAAUGGAAGCUAUUAUCAGAGGACGAUAGGCAGCCUUUCAGAGUGGAGGCCGAGAAACUCAGGGAAUUCCAUCAGAUACAGUACCCAAAUUACAAGUACCGGCCCAGGAAGAAGACCUCGAAACCCGUCGAGGUUUCCAAGGCAAAGGAGAGGAAGAGACCGCGGAAAUCGGUGUCUCUAUCGUUGUCGUCGCCGUCGCUGUCAUCGUCGCCUUCCCCAUCACCAUCCUCGUCGAUGUUGUCGACACCGUCGAACAGCCCGGCCUCGACGCUGGCCAGCUCGUCCUUGUCACCGCUGUCGCCGGUCUGCGCGGCGCCCGUUGCUAGUCACGUUGCCAGGGUCAGAAACGACAACAACAACAACACCCAACAGCAGACGCUGAAGAAACCGAUGAAGAGACUCCAGGCUCAAUCGAAUGUGAAACCGGUGUCCAGGUCGAAUUCCAAACCCAUCGGAUUAACUCUGGAGACUCUGGAGACGCCGGGCCGCACGCUGCACCCUGACGUCGAUUACACCUCGGCGCCGUCAACGGUUGCCGCCAAGGUGCCCACCAGCCCGACCUGCGAUACCCCCGACUCCCCCGAGUCCGCUUUCUACGAGGAGAGCUACAAUCCCGAGAACAUUACAUCCAACAACGCCGCGAUCUGCAACGUCGCCCCUACCAAGAUCAAGCAGGAACCAAAGUUGGAAAUGAAGUUGGAGCCCAAGGUGGAAUUGGAUCAGACCAGUUUCGCCUCGAAGGACAUAUGUCUGGCGUCCUUAGAAAUGCCGAUGGUGCGAACGGACAGUAACGGUUACUGUCACACGACUUCCGCUGUUCGGCAGACGACCAAUUUCAACGUGAAGCGGGAGCCCAUGAUAAAUAACGUCGCCUCGCCGGCGAUGCUCACGCCGCAAUCGUUCUUCGUUCCUACCACGACGACGACGACGACGACGGGCAGCACGGGGGUCAUCGACGACUCCCUUGCGGACGAGUUUGACAACAUCGGCAACCCGGUCAAGAUCGAGGAUCUCAUGGCCAACGGAGAUUUCUACAAAUGUGGAGAGAUGCUCCGGUGCGAAGACAUCACCAUGGACCAAAAUGGAGAUCUCAACGACCUAACGUCCGACAUCGAGAUGGAUAUCAUGGGGAUAGGGGAUUUAGAGUUCACCCGCACGCCGGAGGAGGUGUUUCUGUCCUUACUCUACCACUCCAACUGAGAGAAUUCUGUCCGUACUGUGUGCCGAAUGGAACGGGCCUUGCCACUGAAAAGUCGAGAGAGAAAAUGAGGGGGUUGAAUGAGGAGGAACGGAAUGCGCAUCAUUGGUUUGUAUGGAGCGUUUUCAUGCAGAGAGAGGUCGCUAAUCGCGCUACUACAAAUAACUGUCCUCAGGAUGCACGUUGCGCGAGGACGUACGUUUUUCCGCGAGCAGGGAAGAAUUCGUCCGCCGUGUUCCGCGAGUACUUCGUGAACCGGUCGAUCCGAAGAUGUCGGCCGGACGUGCCGAUGUGAUGCGCGAAGAUAACGCGCGUUUUCGCGAUCGCUGCCGAUUCUUUUUCACUGAUCGCACGUUCGAGCUCGACCGAACGAAUUAUCGUCCGUUAACGCGCGUCUUCGUCUUUUCUACUUGUCGCUAGAGUAGACACUACUAUUCUUCAAAUAUACGAAUGUUUUCUUCGGCCGGCGCGCCUCGUGGCUCUCCGUAUUGCGUUUUGUGUUUCAUAUAACCGGAUCUGCGACUGGCGGUUAGAUCGGAAAGACGGAACGUAUCGUUUUCUAGGAGAGAGAGAGAGAGAGAGAUUUGGCAUAUUUCUAGAUAACAAAAUCUCACGUUCUCUCUCGACUUUUUGAUAGCAGAAACCACUCUUACGAUUGGUGAAUCGAUCCGUCAGUAUCAAGAUUUUUACAGACCUACAGCGAUCGUUGAAUUUUCAUUUGUGUUCCGAAUACUAACGUGAUAAAAUUAUCGAAGCUUUUUCGCUCUGCGAACAGCCGAACGAAUCCACACGGUAAUAACCGAUAUUGAUCACUGACUGAUAUUGAAGAAAAAUACGAACAAUAGCCACGAUGCGCGGCGGUUUCGGGAUCCAGAUUUUCUUCUUUUUUUUAAUUAUUGUAUAGUGUAUACUUUUGUAUGAAGUUAGGUAAGCGUGCGGGCGGCUGGGUCCGCGUGGUUUAUAGAUGAGUCGAAAUAGUUUGAUGAUGAAGAAAUACGUGAAUGAAGAACGUUCGCAGGUUUCCUCACGCAGCCGCCCGCUUUUUGUUGUAUAUAUCGAAACUGUAUUUAGUUGAAUAUAAUAUAUACUCAAUGUAUAAGUAAAACGAAGAUUUCCAUCAGAAGUGCAAACACGUAUUUUGCGUGACGUCGGUGUCCUUCCCGGAUCCGUCACAAUUACAACUUAAAAAUUGUACGCAAAGUUGCAAAAUUAAAACUUUUAUUUAUUAUAAUAAACUUGAAAAGAGUAACGCUAUUUAAACGCUAUAUAAACGGGGUUGCAAUUUAAUUUACAUUGAUUCGAUAUAUUAGAAUUAAUAUAAUAAUCAGCAUAUCUUAUCUUGUUGUUACGCUCAGUGCAAAUUCCUUCAUGUUUUAUCAAAUCUGUCAGACGACAGAAGUCGAAAAGAGAGGCGUAGUUUUAUCCGUACUUGUCCCAAUGCAUAAGCAGGAAUACGUAACAGAAAGAGAACUAUUUUAUAAAGGGAGCUUUGAAGUUGUAAAGUCGUUUUCGUUCGUGCAUCAGGAAUGGAAACAAGAAACACGACUUGCUAGUCGAUUGCUUUAACGAUCAAGGAUCCAAGAAACCGUGUUUCAACACUUUCAACGCGUAUGAAAACGGAUGCGGGAAGAACACCGAUUGGUAUGUCGUGAGUCCAUUGUUUUAACGAAGAUAUGCGCAUAUAUAUAUAUAUAGUAUACUAUAUAUUAUGUAAUAUAAUAUAUAAUACAUUAUAUAUAUACAUACUGAUAAAAUGAUAUGCAUGUUGAAGAGUGAAUAAUGCGCGAGAUAUCGCUACGUCGACGAUAGUCGUUGCGUCCUCCCGCGGGGAAUAGCGAAGCGAUCGGCAGGAAUUGGUCACCAGGCGGUCCCUCGACAAAAUAAUGAAGUUUAUCACCGACGAACGAAACGGAAGAACGAUUCGUACGCCCCGUCACGAUCGAUCGCACGUGAGUAGGUAUCUCGUCGAGUUUGACGUCUCGCCGAGUUGAUGUUGAAUGGAUGCGCAGGUUUGAUUGACGCGACGCAAAGCGGCGAGAUGUACAUUUUAGAGAAUUUGCUCAGACAAUUAUUGUCUCGGAUACAUCCCGAGGUGUCCUCGGGUAUUGCCUCCCGCGGGGUAAAUCCUCGGAGGGGGGGGCGAAAAAAAUGGUAGAAAAGAGAAAUUCGCGACGGAACCGGGGCAACACGUUCGUAAGAGAUUGGGAGGGAAAAGAUCGUCGAGUGGCGGUGAGGCGCGCGUCGCUUCGAUCGGCAACGGGAACGAGCACACAGGGAGGACUGACAGCGCCGAGCUGAUCCGCUCCGGCCGAUCGCGCGCACGACCAACGCUAGAUUCAGCGGUCUAAAAUCCAGCGUUGGCAUCGGACGCGCGAGACCGGAGCGGGUCCCACGCUCGGCCGCCCCGCGCGGUUAUCGAUAUAUCAAAUACUUGAUCUCAUAGUCUCCAUAUUACAUUUACGUUUGCGUAGCGUUAAUUUUCGACGAUUGUUCAUAAAACGGUGAUUAUCGAUAGUCGCACCGAUACCAGCGAGUUCACUACCAACCGUUCUUUUUUUUUUCUUUUCUACUUCCCUUCGUAAGUUUCACACGCUGCGCUUUGCGACGUAGCAGAUCUUAUUACUAUUAUUAUUAUUACUAUUCGUAUUGUUAUAUAUAUAUAUAAAUAUCUAUGAUUAAUAUUAUUACUUUUAUUGUAAUUACGAUUAUCGUCCUAAUUAUUACUUUUAUUAUUACUGUCACCGAUACUACCGCUACUAUUACUGAUGUUAUCAGUACAUUAUUACUUGUAUUUGCUGUCAAUUGUGAAAGGAUUCGGCGAGCAACUCCCUGACCAGCGCGAAAAUACGAGCCAGCGGCUCCCACGCACGACGCGUGCGGAGCACGAUCGAUCCUUAAACACUCACUUGAAGAACGGGGAAAAAAAAUAGUUGAUUUUUGAUCGACGAGCAAACGCGGGUUGCACCGCGCGAAUUAUCGCACUCGCAAAUUCUGUUUAUCUGCUUCCUUCUCUUUCCUUUCUUGUUUCUUUUUUUUUCUUUACCGACGCGAAGGCGGGCGUGUGAAGGCCGGUGCCAAUGAAACGCGCGUAAAAAAAGCAACGCUUUGCGAUUUUUCUUUCGAUUUUUCUGUCGAGAAACGCUCGUCGUUUUCGGCGGACGGUGUGCUUGGAAAGGGAAGGGAAGGGAUUGAAAGAGGAACUGAAUGUAAAGCUGAGAAAAGGGGAAUAAAAUAUGAAGGGAACACAGUGCCUAUCACUCCGGUCUGGAAACUCUCGUACAAAAAUCAUAUACAGGGCCAAGAGAAACAAAGUAUAAUGUUAGUGUUGAUAGCUAUUUACACGAAAACGCAAUAAGAAUUAUUACGAUACAAUUGCUCCGAAAUUCUCGUCUCCUUUACUAAGGCACGUCUCGGGGAAGACUCGGGCGAGCGGACACACGUCCUCGGGCAGCGAUCAAAAUCGGUAGGGGGUUACGGUGAAGGAAACGAAAGGGAGAGCCGUUGCUCUAGGAGCGAAUAAUCUUUCACGAGUAAAACAAAAAGGAAAACAGGCUGUGUCGAUUCUAAACUUGUUAAAAACGCUUCUUCGCGGACAGCACUACAUAUCAAGCCCGCGUAAACGCCACGCUCGUUCACCGCUCGUAGCCACACGCAGCGGCGCACUCGCGACACGCGCCGCGGGUGCGUCAACGCGAAAGAGAACUGCCAGCGAUACCCGCGUCAAAGAGUACUUAGCGUCUCGGCAAUUAAAGAGACAGAACGGAUAGAAGUAAACUUUUGUUCCACCGCACAUCGAAUUAUAUAGCGCUUGGGGUGAUGUUUAAACGACGCAACGAAUCCGAGUAUUGAAUUGCAACACCCGUCAUCCCGCAAUCUAACUUUCAAGUGCUGAAACCAUCGCGCGCGCGCGCGAGAGAGGUUGCUCCAAAUUGAUAACCAAAGCUUAAGGUAGCAACGGACCUUUGACCCACGAACCGCCCAGGCGCUAAAGUUUUAGACUCGCGUCCGAGAGCAGCGCGGAAUGAUUACGACGAGCGGAGGGGAGUGAGGGGGGGGGGAAGGAGUACGAGUUCAGAUAUCGUGAAUUAUGCGAGCAAUUUGCAGCCGAGUGCACACGACGGCGGCGUAGGGGCGCUUGUGCAAACGGAGGGCGACGAGCGAGAAGAGCACGGGAAAACCGACUUCGGGACCGGCCGAACGGAGCGCGAGCCCACCUUCUAAUGUUUAAUACGCUCUCGCGCGGCUUCGCAAAAGCCAUUGUUCGCGCGGAUAGAGAUCGGCGAUAAGUACGCAACGCGCGCAUCGCCGCGUACGUCAGCUGGGUUCACAAUUCGUACGCGCGAGAGGCUCGGCCUCUCUCCAUCUCUCUCUUUUUCUCUCUCUCUCUAUCUCUAUCUCUCACGCGCGCGGGGCUACGAUCACGACGAGUGCGCGUUCGGACGAGGAGCCGUUUUCUCGUCAACUCGCACGCCGAGCGUGACGAGCGCGAGGAUCGCGACGCGGGAGUUUCAGGCGACCUUGAUAGGAACCUGAUAGCGGAUUCCGCAUAAAUAAACCGCGGUCAUUAUCGCGCCAAGAAAGCGAAGUAUCGAGCGAUUUAUGAGCAACCGUAGAAAAUUCGCAGGUGAGAAAAAGCGACGCGACGUCCGUCGCCGAGGGUUUUCCUUCCGACGCGAGUCGACGAGCACAAUUCGCGCAUACAUUCGCGCGCGUAUUUCUGCCCGAGAUGGAAGAAAAAAAAGUCGUCUGACCACGUACGAAGAACCGGCUCGCCGUGUGCUUGAACGUUUCUGUCUGUCCGAAGUCUUUUGUCAAGUUUUUGUAACUGUUCGCGAAUUAACGGCCGGCGCUAUUUAGAUUAUUCGCCAGAUAAAACUCCUCUCGUCCAAACACGCAUUCGUUACGAUCGUAAUUUUGCAUCGCGCUUAGUGGAGGAGGCAGGGAAGCGUGUCCGCUCGGCGGACGGGAGCGGGAAUUUCGUAUGCGAGCGGGUAAACAGCGAGAUACUUAAUCGAUGGAUAUAUAUAUAUAUAUAUAUAUAUAUAUGUAUGUAUUGCAGAAGCGACCAAACAAAACGAUAAGGAAAAAAGAAAGAGAGGAAGUUAACGAACGAGUUACAAAGUAUGUGGGAUGGGAUACGUAGCUGUAUGUUAAGAAGAGAGAAAGAAAAGAGUUCGCGCGCGGCGCCGCGAAGAAAGCGAGACGAUGCCGACUUGCGUUUUGCUUUCACGUAGAUUUAUCGGAAUGUUAUCGGAGAACACCGCGUAUCCCCGGUCUCGCGCCGAGGGCGCACGCGUGUGCGCCCGGCGCGAGAGCCGGGAACGUGGGAAAACUCUGGAUUUAGUGCUUCCACCAAACUCACUCGCUGAGGUUUCUCUUAAUUUCCUUCUUCGAGCGCAGAUCGCGUCAUACGUUUGCUUCGCUACGCGGUGGUGCUUUGCUAAAAGAUAAUCGACUUCGUAUUCCUAUCAAUUAUCCUUUCCGCAAUUCAGGCGUUUGUACAGGUUUACUUUGCGCGCGUUAAAGUUGGGGGGGGGGGGAGAAAAACAAGGGAGAAGAGCUACCCGCGUGUAUUUUUACGGGUAAUACACGGAACUGGGCGUCGGUGGACGCGUUUUCGGAAUCACUUGCUUUCUUCGCAUCGCAACCGCCUUCUAUCCUGGCCGUCGUCGGCGCGACUUGGGGAGCCGCGAGCUUUCUUUUAUUCUCUGAUCUCUAAUAAUCGUUACGUACCAAAUAUCGCGUUCCGCGUGUAAGUGUUUAGGAACGCCUUGAGAACGGGGGGAGGACGCGCGUUCCCGCCCGAAUACAAAUUGCUGCUCAAAUAAAUCAUAAGCCGCGACACACGUACCUCGGCGGGCUCCAAGUCGCACCGACAACGCCGUAUCUCCGUGUUGCGAUUAGGGUUUUUCAAUUUUUACAAAACUUCAUCGAGUAACACGUAAACUUAGGCGCGCGCGCACCCGCCGGCGCGCGAAUCGCCCGGCGCAACUUGCGUUCAACAAUCGAUUUUCGGCAACAGCCGAUCAUCUUCCAAGCGCAUACUUUCGUCUCGGUUUAACGCGAAAUGCUCGAUUUAAGGUCCAGCUUGGAGAAAUGUCAGCUUCAAUCUUACUUUAAAAAUAAAUUUGAAAAUAAACCAGAAAGAAUUGAAAUAAGAUCGAAGUUAAUCGUGCAAGAGGAACCUUUUAUUGACGUUGCGAUGAUUCUCGGACGCCGGCCGGUGCGCACGCAUGUACUAAUAUAUAUAUAUAAUAUAUACAUAUAUAUAUGUGUAUGAAUGAUUCGACAGAUAGAUGUGUAGUAGUUUCUAACAAAUUCUUAGCGUGUAUAUAUGUCCAAUUGAGAGCGUCGCAGGACGAGAAGAGGUUUUUUGAUAUAUUUCGAGAUUGCGCUUUGAUGGGCUACAAGUUACAUUUGAUGUACGUGAUAAGGUUUAUUGAGAGCCAUUAUUUACGGUUAACGUGUAAUAUCUAUAUUGGUCGGAUAAUGCAUUCGUGUACCUUAGGCGUUUGUCGCGUGACAUGUAAUCGCUUGUAUCGAUAUGUAUCGAGGGAUGCGGGCAGGAUCUUCGCAGGUGUGUUCGCGGGUCUUUCUUCUGUAAAAACCGGUACAGGUCACUUUCUCGAUAGCUACGCUACCGUUGUUUCGAGGAGAAAGAUAAAAGAGACAAAAGAAAAAACGAAUGCAAACAACGUGCUGCAGCCUUUCGCGCGGAAGAAAGGAGAGAGGAAGGAAGUACACCAAAGUGCAAUAUCCCGCGAAGGCAAAACGAUUAGCUCCGAAAUAGAAAUCAUCCUUUAUCGAGAUACGUAACGCGCUGAAAGAAAAAACCUGAUCUCAGCCGACACAUCUAUUUUUCAUGGCCGAAGGGCCGAUAUAUUGUGAAAAGAAAGAAGCAACACUUUUUGAUGAAGAAGAAGAUGCCGUAAAUUUUUCACGAUAUUUUUACACGAACCUGUAUCUCGCAAUAACCGAUCGAUUCUCGACUUUCUCGCGAUCGAGAGACAGGAAGGAGACAAGUUCAGAUCUUUCGUUUCUCUCGUCUCGUUUUUUUUGUUUUGUUUAAUUGUCGCCCUUUUGUCGCGCCGCUUGGUCGGUUCCGUUUCUUUUUCUCCCUAGGACGGAUUAUGCGAAGUGGAAAAAAAAUCCAUCUCCGUCGAAGAUCGUCGAUUUUCGCUUACUUUCUUGUUCAUACGUUUCCCCUGUACGCGUUCUUCGCCGGGGCAUUGUGUCGCUCCGUCGUUUGUACGGCAAAAGGAAUAUAUUCAUGCGCUUCUAAGUUAUAUAUCAUAGCUUUUAAGUUGCAGCAUAUACAUAAUAAGAAAGAAGCAGACGAUAACGACUAACUUUAAAUACCAACUGUACAUUUGUAUUUAGUAAUCUUGUUUAUAAUACAUUAUAACAUUAUUAUAUUGUUAUUAAGUAUCCGAUUUGUAUCAUUUUUUAUCGAAAUUAUUAAAAAAUAACUUAAAAAUAGCCAAGUGGUCUUAUUAAUCUGCGAAACAAUCACAUUC